CAACACCUCGGAGCUCGAUCAACAGCUUCACCAGCGACGGCAAUGAGAGCCCGGUAACGUUGGAACUGGUCGCCAUGGCAGAGCAACAAGAUGGCCCCUCCCGAGGGCGCUCUCCCAGUCCUCGGAACUCAGUUCCUGCCGAUCCUAGUAUCGCGGGAUACUCGACCGACAACGCCUCGCGCUCAACGUCUGCCAUGACUUCUCCCCUAAGUGCAGACUUCAAUAUUUCUAGAAAUGAUUCACCAGAUGCCCCCAAGUUUCCCAGUCUUAAAGAAUCAGCCCCUCCCGAUGUCUCAAAGCACCCAGCAUCAGCCGCGGACCACGAUGAAGAGGAGGCUUCUGUCCCUCAGCCUUUCCAGCGAAGCACCAGUCCGACUUCAGAUACGAAAAGAAAUACCGGGGCCGAAUACGAGAAGGUUGGCGACCAGGGAGUGUGUAAGAUGCACAAAUUCUCGCUGUACGAGACGGCGACGAGAUAUUACAUCGUUGGGGCUGAUGUGAUGGAUCGACGGUUCCGCAUCUUGAAGAUUGAUAGGACAGCUGAAAUAGGCAGUUUGAACAUUGCGGAGGAUGAAAUUGUGUAUACGAAGAAGGAGAUGAGUCAAUUGCUGAACGCAAUUGACGAUGGCAAUAAGAGCACCGGAGGAAUGAAAUUACGUUGCAGCACCUGGGGGCUGUUAGGGUUCAUACGUUUCACUGGGGCAUACUAUAUGCUCCUGAUCACGAAGAGAAGUCAAGUGGCUAUGAUUGGAGGCCAUUUCGUGUACCAAGCUGACGGAACAGAGCUGGUUCCUUUGACCACAGGGGCGAAUUCGAGAUUCAAGCCAGACGCCAAAAGCAACCCUGAAGAAGCAAGGUUCUUAAGCAUUCUCCAUAAUUUGGACUUGACGAGAUCGUUCUAUUUCAGCUAUUCAUACGAUAUUACGAGAACGUUACAACACAACAUUUGUACCGAGCGAGAAUUCAUCGCCCAAGGUAUCCUGUACCCUCAUCCUCACGACUACAACUCGAUGUUCGUUUGGAAUAGCUACUUGCUACAACCCGCAAAGUCUGCUCUCAAUAAUACUUAUGAUUGGUGUUUGCCUAUCAUUCAUGGUUAUAUUGAUCAAGCUGCUAUUUCGGUAUAUGGACGCACUGUAUACAUCACAGUAAUAGCGAGGCGAUCAAGGUAUUUUGCCGGUGCUAGAUUCUUGAAACGAGGAGCAAACGAUUUGGGCUAUGUCGCCAACGACGUGGAGACCGAACAAAUAGUCUCUGAAGUUCUCACAACAUCAUUCCAUGCUCCAGGACCAAAGCUCUUUGCUAGUCCAAACUAUACUUCAUACGUCCAACAUCGAGGUAGUAUCCCUUUAUACUGGACCCAGGAUAACACUGGCGUCACACCAAAGCCACCAAUUGAACUCAACCUGGUGGACCCAUUCUACAGUGCCGCUGCCCUCCAUUUCGAUAAUCUCUUUGAGCGCUAUGGUGGACCCAUUUAUGUACUCAACUUGGUAAAAGCUCGAGAACGAACGCCGCGAGAAUCAAAACUAUUGCAAGAAUUCACAAAUGCGAUCAAUUAUCUCAAUCAGUUCCUUCCUGCCGACAAGAAAAUCAUUCACAAGGCAUGGGACAUGUCUCGUGCCGCAAAGUCGCGUGAUCAAGAUGUGAUAGGCACUCUUGAGAGUAUCGCCGAGGAGGUUGUCACAACUACAGGAUUUUUCCAGAGCGGCGACGGCCAUACAACCCCGUCUUCAGUACAAAAUGGCAUUGCCCGAACAAACUGUAUAGACUGCCUCGACCGAACCAAUGCUGCCCAAUUCGUGAUCGGGAAACGCGCAUUGGGCCACCAACUCCACGCCCUUGGAAUUAUAGGUGACACGUCCAUCUCCUAUGAUACGGAUGCCGUAAAUAUGUUCACACAUAUGUAUCACGACCACGGUGACACGAUAGCAGUCCAAUAUGGGGGCUCCCAGCUUGUCAACACCAUGGAAACGUACCGCAAGAUCAACCAAUGGACGUCGCAUUCACGCGACAUGGUCGAAUCCUUCAAACGUUACUAUAAUAACUCUUUCCUUGAUGGUCAAAGACAAGAAGCCUAUAACUUGUUUCUGGGGAAUUAUAUCUGGACGCAGGGUGGGCCGAUGCUCUGGGACCUGUCAACAGAUUAUUAUCUGCAUCACGCAGAUCCCAGAGCCUGGACUUCCAAACGUCGCCGCUCUUACAUCAAUUGGUACACGCCCGAGUUUCUCGAGCCCAGGAAACUACCAAAAUAUUCCGCUCCUCGCGGUCUGAUUGCUAACAAGCCAUUGGGAUUUUUCGAUGAUUAUUGGUUAGAAUACUACAAACCACUGGCCGUAUCAUCUCUGGUGAAGGUCUACGCAUACCCUGGGAAAAUGAACUCUACUCUCCGCUACAUACCAGUCCACUCGACGCAAGAAGGGCGAUACGAUCUCUCGCCUUUCAAAGUACGCACCGAGUCGGACCAAGACGUGCCUGAAAAGAAGAAGAAACCAGCCACCAGAAAAGGCGUCACAAUUCUGGAACCCUCAGACCAAGAGCAACCCCAUCCAGAAAUGGCAAUCGAGGAUGACGUGUUAUCGGUUCAUUCAAAUACGACGGCUACAACAAAGCGGACUAGUAUUCAGCGAUGGUUGCAGCCAAUCCAUGAGACUGCACAUAAUGUUAUAAAUUCCACGCACGGUAUCAUGAAGGAACUGCCAGCACAGAACGCGGAGAAUGACAAGGAGAAAGAUAAAGAGACGAAGAAGCUGGAUAAGUCCAAGGCGGCCCAGUGGACCUUCAGACAGGUUGUGCACGAAUCACUAAACCCGUCCGUCUCCGAGCAGGAACAGGAGGAUUAUGCCCGAUAUAUCUCGCAUCCGCAGAACCUGCCCUUGGUGGUGUCCACCGAGGUCUUCCCCGCAGAGGUCGACUCCGAAUAUCUCGACUAUGUCAAUGGCAGCUGGCGGGAAGGCGGAGGGAUGCUCAGUGGGGAUGCGAUAAGCGCUGCGGCCGAGGAGGAUCUAGCAGAAUAUACGGACUUCUUGGCGGUAGCAGAAAACCCCUUGACGGUGACGGAUGAGGAUCUGCCGAAGAAGAGGUAUAAGGCGUACAGGAAAUGGUUGAUGGGGAAGAGCCUGUUUAAGCAGCAGCCUAUUGAUUAGGCGGGGAAUGUCAAACUGGAAUUAAUUUCUUGGCUUGGAUGCAUAGAUAAUGGGGCGAUGGACAGAUAGAUACCCUGAUAGUUAUUGGAGUUGGAGUUCUUACAAAAGUGCAUUGCUCCAGAAACUGGAGAUGUUGGAGUGUGGGCUUUGAUUCAUAAUGGCGUACGAUAUCAUAUUUUUGCUAUUUAGUCAUUCAUAUACAUAGUCCCAACUUCCAGAGAGGAACAAAUUAUAUCCGGAUUAA